CCUCGUUCCACCCACACCACCACUAACACCACAACGGCCACAGCGCACGCAACGCACAGCAUAGUAGCACACGCACAUUGGUGCUGCACGCUGCACGCCCCGCUCGCCCCGUCGCUCGCCCACACCGCUGCCCACGUUUCUUUCGGCUCGAUGCCAGCCAGCCGUCAUCGCUAAUUGUUGGAGCCAGCAAGCAAGCAAGCAAGCCGACGCACAUCGCCGAGAACGCACCGACGCUGCUCUGCCUGCCCGCGCUGCGCCCCUCAGCAAGCCGGGCAGCUGUGCACGUAGCUAGCUAGAUAGCUGCUGCAUCGACACCGCCUCCGCGGCUGCCGCCGACCCGCGUCGACAUACACGGUCGCUCCCUCCUCCAUCUGCACCCUCUACACCCUCGGGGCGACCAAGCGUGCCGCUGGCUUUGUCGCCCGCCAUGUCCCACGCGCUCCUCCUCCGCCUCUUCCUCUCGCCCUACUUUUCCAUCUCGGUCGCAAUGCACUAUCUCAAGACGUACCCCGAGAGCAUCGGCAUCAGCCACUACCUCUGCUGGCGCAUGAAGUCGAUGCCCGCCGACGAGGUCGAGUUUUACUGGCCCCAGAUAUGCCACCUGCUCGUUACCCGGCCGACGGAGAGCAACGCGCUUGAAAACUUUGUGCUCCAGCGCGCAGAGGAGAGCCCGCACGCCGCCAUGCUCACAUUCUGGUUCAUGCAGAGCGCACUCCGAGACCUCACCCCCACCCGCCUCACCAACCCCCGCCCCUUCCUCAUCUGCCAGCGCGUCCUGCACAGGUGCCACGAGAUCCUCUUUGGCGACCCCCCAGAGCCCUCGCGCUCGCCGUACCGCUCCCUCCCUCACUCGCCCGGCACGCCGCCCCAUUCCAUCGGCAGCUCGUCGGCCGCUGCAGCCCUCCUCAACGGACCCCCAGAUCCAGUCGUCCCCCCCGUCCGCGUCAACCCGCACGCCGGCUCAGCCCUCGUCGGCAUGGGCAUGUUGAUGGCUGGGCCCGCGCUCCCCGGCCUCACCGAGCUCGUCGGCGACUGGGCAGUCGCGCAGGGCAGACGGCCGAUGGACGACGCCAGCGAGGCCCGCGCACGUGUCGAAGUCGACAAGUCGGGCGGCUCGGACGGCGCAGUCAACGGCCGCAGGUGGGACGGUGCCGCGCCGCGGGGUCACAAGGCCCAGCCGUCCUACAGCGAAACGUCGGACGACGACGGGCCGUCCUCGGCGCCAGCUGCCCGCUCGCGCGUGCUCCCGGCCUCAAUGAUCCCACCACAUCAGCUGCGGUCACAGAAACCGCGGGUGCCCCAUCCCAGCUCGACGACACCCAAUCUUGCAACUCCCGCAGAGUCGUCGCCGGCGUUCUUGGCCGCCCAGUCGGCGGCUGCUGAUCAGCGGGGAAGGGAUCCUUUCUCCCAGUCAAACGACGUCGACCCCUUUGGGCAGCGGUCGUCAACGCCGCCGCUCAUGGGCCACAGGUCAAAGACGGCUCCUGUCCAGAUGGCGUUCCACUCGGUGCCAGAAUUCUCGUCUAAUGGGUCGCCGCGAAGAGCGUCGGGCCAAGGCCGCCCACCAAGCGCCGAAGCGCUCCUCGCAACCUACUCGCUCGAGGCGCAGCGCCGGCUACUUCGCAGCCACUACUGCAGAAGCGAAAUUCGUUUCCUGUUACUCCUGGAAGACAUUAGUAACCGGUUAUUGGUGAUCCCCAAGCCGGCCCGGAUCUCGGCAUUGCGCGCAGAGCUCACGAGCCUCAACCACAACCUGCCGGCCGAAGUCUGCAUGCCUCUGUGGUGCAACGCCGAUCACCACCACGACAAGGGCGAGGGCGCGGGCACGCCUUCGAAGCGCCGAGGGAGCAAGGCGAAGGGGUCGUCAUCGGCCCACUCGCGCGUCGUGCGCAUCUCGCCCGGCGACUCGGUCGUGCUCAACUCGGCAGAGAGAGCACCGUACCUCCUUCACGUCGAGAUUCUGGAAGACGACCUGGACUUUGACCCCACACGGCGGGAAAACCGCGAGCUGCUCAAGAAGAUUGUCGUCCAGGAGGACAACAAGCGACGAAAGCGCGAGGAGGGUAUUGCUGUUGCGAGCCCGCUCGGCGGCACUUUUGGUCCACAGAUCGGCGGCUUCGUCGACCUCGAGGAUGCUCCCGUCACGGACGAACCUGAGACUGUCGAGUCAAACGAGCCCAAGCGGAUAUCGACGCCUAUUCCACCAGACGCGCGCAAGGAUGUGCUGCCUGAGGAGGUCGAGGAGAUGGACCUUGUCGAGCAGCUGUACGGCAACAAGCUGUCCGUUCGCGACAACCUUCCAGACUUGAGUGACGCGCUUCCGUUGCCUAGCGCGCCGAAGAACAAGCAGCUCGACCUCGAGGUGUGGAACAGCGGUGCAGAUGCCGACUCGCGCCGUUCAUCACUUGGGGGUGGGACGUCGUCGGCGAACGGCACACCGAACGGCGGUGGCGGCUUGACUGUUGAGAGCCCCGGGUUGCGGCCAAUCACCCCUGCGACCCCCAUUCCCGACGACCAGGACCUCAACCCACCAAGACGGAGCACGUACAUCACUCUCGAGGACUACUCGGAGCGCAUGCGCACUGCCGCCGUCAUGCUCGCGCAGCUCAACGCGUCCCUUGUCCCUGCUGUGCCCGAAACCCCGUCCACUCAGUCGACGGGCGGCGCAUUGCGGUGGAUCCCUGGUACUGGGUGGAUCACUGGGUCCAAGGACAAGGAAGCGGCCGUCGACGGGCAGCCUCCGGCUCCUGGCUCUGGUGGCAGCGGUGGCAAGCUGCGACUGGCCGCGGCACAGGCAGCUGCCAUCAAGGAGAGAAUCAUGGAAGAGAUGAUGGCGCUCGAGGAAGAGCGAGUGUCUCGCAUGACUCACCGGCCCGAGGGCGUCCAGAUCGACACUGGUGUCAGCACAGAAGGCAAGACGGCAGAAGACGAAGGCAUCGUGCGCCGAGAGAUCAACAAGGCUGAUCCCUCGGCGGCAAUCUUCAAGGAGUCGUGGACAGCCAAGAAGAGCCGCAUCCGUGCGUCCUCGCCAUGGGGCCACCUUGCCAACUGGGACGUCAUCUCGGUCAUUGUCAAGACUGGCGCCGACCUGCGGCAAGAGCAGCUCGCUACGCAGCUCAUUGAACGCUUUGUGCGUAUCUGGAAGGAGGAGAAGUGUGAUGCGUAUGCGCGCUUCUUCCGCAUCCUUAUCACGGGCGAGACGUCGGGCCUGGUCGAGACAAUCACCGAUGCCGUGUCUGUGCACUCGAUCAAGAAGAGCGAGUAUGCGCGCAGGGUGGCAGAGGGCGUGCCCAUUGGGCACGUGUCGCUCAUGGACCACUACGUUAAUACGUAUGGCAAGCAAGAUAGUGGCAUCUUUGCGCGGGCCAGGAGGAACUUUAUCAAGUCGCUGGCUGGUUACUCGGUCAUCACGUACCUUCUCCAGAUCAAGGACCGACACAAUGGCAACAUCCUUGUUGACCGCGAUGGCCGCUUGAUCCACAUUGACUUUGGCUUUAUGCUUUCCAACUCGCCUGGCGGGAACAUGGGUUUCGAAGCUGCGCCGUUCAAGCUUCCCCUCGAGUAUGUUGAGAUUAUGGGCGGACUCGACAGCCCCGGGUUCGCAUACUUUAAGAAGUUGUUCAAGGAGGCGUUUGAGGCGGCGAGAAAGCACUCAGACAGUUUGAUCACCAUCGUCGAGCUCAUGCAGAAAGACUCGAAGCUCGACUGCUUCCUGCUCUUUGGCGAAAACACGGUCAACCACUUCCGCGACCGGUUCGCGCUCGGCCUCACGACCGCCGCCGUCGACGCAUACCUCGACCGCCUGAUCGUCUCGAGCACGGGCAGCAACUAUACAAGACUGUACGACACUUUCCAGUACUACAGCCAGGGCGUUUUGUAGCACAGUUACAAGAUACACGCCGUGGCACGGAUCGUUUUGCAUGGCGGGGAGGAGGGUAGUUCUCAUAUUGCAUCUUUGCAUGAAUGCA